AGAGCCAGACCAUGAUGUUCCCCUACUGACGUGUCGUAUUCGGUUAUUAUCGAGGAAAACACAGGGCUGUUUUUUUAUGCUACUUCUUUAACCGCCAGGUAUUACCAACAGACAGAACAAUGUCAGAGCCCAGCAAGCAGGAAAUUUCAGCCAUUUUUAAGCGACUUCGCUCCAUUCCUACUAAUAAGGCUUGCUUUGACUGCUCAGUUAAAAACCCCAGUUGGGCCAGCAUCACCUAUGGUGUAUUCCUAUGUAUAGAUUGCUCUGGGACACACAGGUCUCUUGGAGUGCACCUGUCCUUUAUCAGGUCCACUGAGCUGGAUUUUAAUUGGUCGUGGUUUCAGCUAAGAUGUAUGCAAGUGGGAGGCAAUGCCAGUGCGAUUGCAUUUUUCAAUCAACAUGGGUGCACAACCAGUGCUGCCAAUGCAAAGUACAACAGCCGAGCUGCUCAGCUGUACAGAGAAAAGAUAAAAACUAUAGCUACACAAGCCACCAGACGCCAUGGCACUGAGUUGUGGCUUGAUAGUCAGGCUCCUCUCUCCCCAACAUCACCAGAGGACAAGCAGGUGGAUUUCUUCAGUCUGCAUUCACAGGCUGUUCCAGAAACUUUGAACACGCCCAAAAUGUGUCUCAGCUCCUCCACAUCAGAGAAGCCUUUAACCCUGGAAAAAGAGGAAGACAAUAAUGGUAAUCCAGAGGAUGGUCCUAGUGUGGAGAUGCUGAGUGUUUCUCCAAAAGCAAAUCCAGAGCUUUCCUCUCUUCUUAAGAAGAAGCCAACUGCUGCCAAGAAAACAUUGGCCUCUAAGAAGGGUGGUCUGGGCGCUCACAAGGUUAGCAGUAAGAGUUUCUCCGAGCUGGAGAAGAAGGCUCAAGCUGCCGACAAGCUCAGAGAGAAAGAAGAGGGCACUCCUGCUGGCAAGAAGAGCAUUCAACAUGAGGAAUCCAUCGCUCCAUCCCUGCGACUGGCCCAUAAAGAUCUUGAGCAGCAUAGGAAAAUGGAGGAGCAGAAGAUGAAGGGAUUAGAGGGCAAGAAGAAAGAGCAAGCUGAGAGACUGGGCAUGGGUCUAGGCAUGAGGAGUGGAGUGUCUCACUCUGUGACAUCGGACAUGCACAUCAUCCAGCAGGAGAAUCCAAAGGGGUCCAAGACCACCAAAGGACGACGGUUCACUGAGGACGAUGAUGAUGAGGGGUCCUUCAGCUCUAGGGUCUUGUCCCGGUUUGAGGAUCAAACAGAAACCUCAGAUAAUUUCUCCUCGGGGUGGGAUGAUGCAGGCAACGGAGGAGGCUGGAUGAAUGAGAGCAAGAAAUCAGAGCCAGACUUCUACUUGAGCUCCACUAUAUCAUCACUGAAUGACAGGCCCACAGCAAGAAGAAAACCAGAACCAGUACCAGUCUCAGACACAGGAGAAGCUCGGAUAAAGUUUGGAGAUGUGAAAGCCAUCUCUUCUGACAUGUACUUUGGAAAACAAGAUAACUCCGAGUACGAGGCCAAAACACGACUGGAAAGAUUUUCUGGGAGUGCAUCAAUAAGUUCAGCAGACCUUUUUGAUGAUCCAAAGAAACAGACUGCGAGUUCGUACCGUCUGACCAACGUGCUGCCCAGCGCUCCUGACAUGUCACAGCUCAAACUGGGAGUGCGCUCAGUCGCAGGAAAACUCUCCGUCAUGGCCAGUGGCGUAGUUAGCACAAUUCAGGAUCACUACAGUUCUUGAGUCAUGGUGUGCCUCCUCUUGGAUUCAGCGCUUUCAUAGUCGUCCUCAGUUUAACAGAGUCAGAUAAGUUUCCCAGUGAGUGGUGGUUACUCAUCUGGGGAGUGAAAGAAGGAGAAAUAUCAAUCAGUGCUGAUGGCAAAUCUUCAUCCAAAUUUACCCCCAAAUAACCCUGUAUACGUCUAUAUCUAGUUUUUUAUUAGAUAAUGUAAUUACAACAGUUGUUCGAAUCAAGAUGACCGAAGCACAAUAUUUUCAGUAGAAUUAUGUUCCCCUGCAGGCAUUUUGAAGGGACAUCUAUGUGUAUAGUUCAGUUUGCAGUAGUUUGCAGUGUAUUACUUAGUUUGCUUUAGAAAUACUUUAUGUAGCAGUCUGAGAAGAUUUAUGGUGUUUUGAAGGAGGGAUUUGCUUUUUGAUUCCAUUAGUUGAUGAGGUGAAAAAAAAUACCCUAAGCGGUGGAGACAAUUCAUUUGUAAGUUUUUAAUUGGUUAACAAAUUCGCUCAUCACAUGCACUCUGUAGCGUCGUAUUGUGCUUUUUUGCACAUUCCCACAGGUUUGAAGUGUCCUUUCCGUCCCCAAAGUGCACUUAUGUUUGCUCUUCCACAAACUGGACCAAAACCUGAUAAAGAGGCCUUGGGGGGACCAGACAUAUAUUAUCUAAUUGCCUAUAGUUGAGUAAAUUGAAAUUGGCCUCAUAGCACAUAAGUUUCAUUAUCAUGCGAAUAUAAUAUAUAAUAUAUCAUGUUUUUCUUUGUUUUUGUAGGCCAUGCAUCUGUAGUUAGAAAACGACAAGAUGGCAUGAAGCCUAAGAGGCUAUCAAAAAGUACGUUUAAAGGAAAGGUCCGACAUUUUUGGAAAUAUGCUCAUUCGCUUUCUUGCUGAGUUUUAGAUGACAAUGACUGAUACCAGUCUUAUAUCUGUCAGUUUAAUAUGAAGCUAGCCAGCAGCUGGUUAUCUUAGCUUAGCAUAAAGACUGGAAACAGGGGGAAACAGCUAGCCUGGUUCUGUCUGAAGGUAACAAAUCUGCCUACCAACACUAUGGCUUUUAGUAUGGAUUUUAUUACCUUUGGACAGAGCCAGGCUAGCUGUUUUCCACUGUUUCCACUUUUUAAGCUAAGCUAAGCUCACCAGCUGUUGGCUGUAGCCUUAUAUUUAACAGAGAGACGUGAGAGUGCUAUCAAUCUUCUCAUCUAAGUCUGUUCCUUUUUAAAAAAAAAAAUAAAUAAAAAAGCAGAUGACAACCUGUUACGCAAUCAACCUUAAUCACUAAAGCACUAGAAUGACUGUGCUCAAUGUAGGUCAGUUGCACUGUGUUAAAUUCUGUUGUUUUUCUGAGUCCAGUUGCUUGGAAUUAGAGACUUUAAGACAUUGUAAUCAAGAAUAUGGGCAACAUUUUGAUGACGUUAUGUUUUUGAAUAUGUAGCUGCUUUUUGAUGGUAUUUGUGUUCACACAUCUGCGGUGGUAUUUAAUUUAAUGGCACUUAAAACUCUUCAAGGCUAGUAUUUGCUGAUGCGGUGGGACCUGUAUGUAGCUUUCAGGCCCCACUGUACCUCAACACAAGUCCACUUGUGAAUGUAAACAAUCCUUUUUAAAGCCUUCAAAGUGAUUUUUUUUUUGUUGCUGUUGUAUACUGCCAAGGUCCAGGUUAUAUCUUUAAUUCUGUCAAAUACAUCAGAGCUUUUAAUUUGGCACAAGUAGCAUUACAGGUGGUGCUAUAUUGUGAUUUUGGAUUUGGCAUUUCAAAGCAAUAGAAAAGCAGCUUGAUAUCUCUCCGGCUUGUGCUUUAGCAUUUAGGUAAAGUUUGCCAUGAUGCUAAAAAUGCUACUUCAGAUAUCUAAUUGUGCAGAGUUAAGGUUUUUAAAACCCUGAUCGGGAACAGGAUGAUAAGCAAUUGCUGUACUGUUUAUGCUUCUCAGGAGUUUGAUUUGAGUUGUUAAAUAUGAAACACUAAAAGAGGGCAAGGGCAAAGUUGUAGAUCCUUUAAUGACCAAAUAUUUGUUUACUCCAUCACUCUAUGCCUUAGUCCAAAGAUCUCUGAUUAACACGCCCUCAUGUUGCAAUAUUGUGGAGUCAUCUAGUUACCUUUUUGCACAUAAUUUGUUAGAAAUUGCACGUGGCAGCUUUUGCUUGAAUGUACUGUAUUGCAACUGAACCUUUGCUUCUAAGUUGACGAUGCGUCCAUGUUAGACUUUUGUAUUUUGUUGAUGUUUGUAAGAUUGCUUGUGUCUUCUGCUGUUGAAUAUUGUUAAUUGUUACAUAAAAGAAUAGUAGCUUGUGUAAUUUGCAUGGCCCUUGUAGUUAAUAGGACAUGCUGACUGACACAUCCUGAAUACAAGACAUACUGGAACCCACCCAUUAAAUAUCAAUGGAAUAACAUAAUUGUUCAGUAAAAACUGUUUAAUAGACUGAGAACUGCUACAUACAAUGUUGUAUGGGGCUUUGAAUUACCGUUUAUAGAAAGCUACUGAGAAUAAAGUUUUGACAUAUUUUGACACUCAAAAUGUAAGUAACAUUUUUUGGAAACAUGCCAAAUAAAUGGCUUGUGCCUAA